AUGCAUCAGACAUCGUCGCGCUUACUACGCAUAGCGGACGAUAGCCGACCGUUCAGCAAGGACUUUAAGGAUAUCUUCUCUACCCUCGUCAUCAGUCUGCUUCCCCUCUCGGCCCACCGCGUCCGGUUGGUCAAGGUCGAGCACACCUUCCUCUCGGAAGAAGCUAUCAACAACCUGAUGCGUCUCAAAUCCUCCCAAUCCAACCGUCUACCCGACCCCAAGAAUCCCUGUCGCAUUAUCACCACCACCACUACUACCACAUUCUCAAUGACCAAGGAUAUGGCUCACUCUAUCUGCCAACGCUUUAUUGAAGCCCGGCUUAUUGAAUCGGCGGAUGGUAAACACCAGCAGGUAUAUACCAUAAAGGGAUCCGUUUGGCAAUUAACACCAAAGGGAAUCACUAUAUUAAGCCGUUUCUGCGCGAGAAAUGGCAUUCGGCAGAAGCAGGUUUCAGAGCUUGCUAACCUCAGAGCGACGCGACUUAUUCUCCUUGAACGAGACUCGCAAACUGACAAGCUUCACUAUGACCAAGGCACCAUCGAGAUCAUCUUUCACCGGCUCGUCGGUGCCGAUAGCCGCAAAGCUGUGUCGAGCGUGACCGCUGCUGAUUCAAGCUCGAUGCACGAAUACAGGGAUAACAUCACUAGGGUUAAGAUUAUUGCUGAGCUUAAGCUUAACGGGAAGACCUACCGCGAUACUUUCACCGGCAAGGCUAUAUUCGACUGGUUAAUGAAUUAUUCAACCAUAAUGGAAGAGCGCGAAGCCGUUGCGGUUGCCACUCUUUUCGCGGACUACGAUCUAAUAGAGUAUGUUGCUGAGGACGGGGCAUACACUUCCCAGAACCCCGACCCCGGGAACAAUAUCUUCCAGCCCAGCAAGUGUUCUAUCUACCAAUUAACGCAGCGAGGUAAGGACCUCAUUAAUGGCCCAACAACACGAAGACAGUCUUCAGAGAGGGAAGGCAGUACCGGUUCCCAGUGGAACGGUAUCGCCAAGGAUUCCAACACGCAACGACUCGAUAAGAUCCUUAAUGAUCCUUCCGUGCGACUCCUCUUUCGCGAGCAAUCCCGAGACACACAUUGCGAGGAGAACCUAUCCUUCUACCAAGACGUGGAUGAGUUUAUACGGAAUUGUAAGGUGGCCACGCGCGCUGCCCAGAAGGAGCCUAAUAUGGCCGCGACGGACGGCAUUAGUGAGAGCAUAGCUCAGGCGUAUAGAAUCUAUAAUGCCUUCCUUGCUGUUGGCUCGCCUUGCGAGCUUAAUAUUGACCACCAACUGCGGAACAGCCUUACCACCCAGAUGACCAAGGGUGUAAGUCAGGACACUACCAUGAUCGACACUCUUCAAGAAGUGAUAUCUCUAUUCGAAGACGCCCAAAAUGCCGUGUUUAAGUUGAUGGCGAGUGACUCGGUGCCAAAAUUCCUGAGCAACCCCAAGUAUGAGCAGCAAUUGCGAAGCUACGAGUUCGACCUAGUUGGAAACGGUCCCGGGCAGGGUUAG